GAAUCAAUCUCACCGCCACCCCAUGUCAUCAACUCCCCCAACUUCAUCAUGACUCGCCACACCCUCUCACUCCUCUGAUCCUCCUCCUUAUUGGUCAACAGAACCAGACAGGCAUUUGCCACCAUUUCUGGACCACAUAGUGACCUCAAAGUUUUCCUGAACAGAUUUUUUGGUCAUAAAGGUGCAAGAUUUCAAGAAGCAGCCAUGCUGGAGAACAUGUCCAAGCGUAACCGCUCCCUGCUGUCACUCUCCCUCACCUCUCUGGCCCUCACACUCUCCGUCUCAGCUUUCUGCACCUCCUACUGGUGCGUGGGGACACACAAGGUGGUGAAGCCGCUCUGCCUGUCACCUGUUAAGAUGAAGAACUGUGGGCAAAACAACAGCCAGCCAUACACCACAGAGGCCCCCACCCCAGACCCGAGGAACCCUCCCUCUAACGUGACGCUCUCCCCGCAGCAGAAGGAGGAGCUGGCGAGGAUAAAGAGGAAGCAGCUGGCCAACGCCGUGCACUACAUCUGGGAGACGGGGGAGGACAAGUACAUGCUGCGUUACUUCCACACCGGCUUCUGGCUCUCCUGUGAGAAGCACAAUGAAGGUACUGAUCAGGAGGAAAAGUGCCGCAGCUUCAUUGAGCUGACACCAGGGGAGACACAAGGUGUUCUCUGGCUCUCAGUCAUCAGUGAGUUCAUGUACAUCGGUCUCCUGUCCAUGGGCUUCCUCCUGAUGUGGGUCGAAGCAAUUUGCCUCUGUGCUAAGAGGGAGAUGAACGCCCUCAAGAUCAACGCCUUCGCCGCCAUGUGCACCGUCCUGUCAGGUAUGAUGGGCAUGGUGGCACACAUGAUGUACACCACUGUUUUUCAGAUGACUGUUAGCAUCGGGCCCAAAGACUGGAGGCCGCAAAGCUGGGACUAUGGAUGGUCUUUUGCCAUGGCGUGGCUUUCAUUCAGCUGUUGCAUGGCUGCUGCAGUGGCAACCCUCAACUCCUACACCAAAACCCUCAUCGAGAUGAAACACCGCGCCCGGAUGAGGCUGGAGGAGGCCCGUGCUGCUGCCCGUGCCCCCUCCUAUGAGGAGGUGGUUCGUGGCAGUGGUGGAGGAAUCUACUCUGUCAGUCAGCUGAUCCAACUCGGCCAGCAGGGGGUGCUCAUGGACCCUCUUUGGCCCAGAGUUGGACCAAUGGGGGGGAUGGGAAUUGGAGGAGGAAGGCUGGUGGACCAUCACGGCGUGGUUGUCGUUGAAGGAUGUGGUGCUGAAGGGUGCGAAGACUGCGAACGGGAGCUGGACGAGAUGGAUUACGCUCUGCAGGAGGAGCGAGAGGGGGAGCUCUGCUAA